AUGUCGGGCGAUUUUGUAGAAAGCAGGAUUACUUCAGAAUUUUCAGAAUUGAGUAUUUCUGAAGACAAGGAGAAUAUUGGAGAAACAUCACCAUCACCACCACCACGUAGCAUGAAGAAAUUUAGUCAACGAAAAACGCUGAACACUAUAAGUAAUAAUAAGAAGGAAGCGAAAACACGUCGUGACACUGCUAAUCUCUCAGAGGCUUUAGACUCAUAUUUCUUUCAAUAUGGUGGCACUACGCAUGGUAAAACAAGCGAUCAUACACUAUCACAAUUGCGUAGUGGAGAUAAUCCUGGUCUACCUGAUCCGGUAGCUCUUGAACAAUUUCGUAAUACCUAUAAACCAAAACAACUGCUUGCAUUGGAGAAAUUAAGAUCCGAAUUAGGCCCAAGAUUGUUUAGUAAUUGGAAAAUUUAUUUACGUGAAGGUUUCAACAUCCUAUUGUACGGGAUUGGAUCUAAACGACAUAUUAUCCAGGACUAUCACAAACAAUAUUUAUCUGGUACAGAUUGUAUCGUCAUUGCAGGGUAUAAUCCUUCGGUAAAUAUUCGACAGAUUCUCAAUUGUAUUUGUAAAGAGUUCUUGCAUGCUGCAGACAACUGUAGAAAUCCAACAGAACAAGUUCAACUCAUAUGCGAUUUUUUCAAAAAAGAUGAAGCCGCAAAAUCACCUUUAUAUCUUCUGAUAAAUAAUAUUGAUGGACCAGGAUUACGUAAUGCUAAAGCUCAAGCUAUUUUAGCUCGCCUAGCUGAAGUACAACAUAUUCAUUUAAUUGCUUCAUUGGAUCAUGUUAAUACGCCUCUGUUAUGGUCUCAUAAUGAAUUGGCUCGAUUUUCAUGGAUAUGGGAAGAUUGUACUAAUUUUCACAGUUAUACAGAAGAAACGUGUUAUUCUAAUAGUCAAAUCUUACAAAAUAUUCUUGGUGGAAUUGGAAGUGGAUCAGAUAGCACUGGUAGCGCUGGAGCAAUGUUUGCAAGUCUUCGUCAAGUGGCUGCAUCACUUACACAAAAUGCACGUGAUAUCUACAAGAUGAUUGUAGAAUACCAGUUGGAAACGCCACUGCAAGAAGGCAAAGGAGCUAUAAACGGUAUCGCUAUGGAAGAUUUAUACUGGCGUUGUAGAGAUGCUUUUCUUACAAGUAACGAGACAACAUUAAAAGCACAAUUAACAGAAUUUCGUGAUCAUAAAUUAAUUAAAAUUAAAAAGGGUCCCGAUGGUACAGAAUUCAUAUAUAUUCCAUUAGAUACUGUGAAUCUACAAAAAUUAGUUCAAAAUUUCGAUACACUUUGUUGA